AUGAAUCUUCUUACCGAUCUCACAAACGACCGUCGACGUCGCAACGCCUCGGGCCGUCCCCUCAUCUUCGUCGCCCAUGGCCUAGGCGGCCUUAUCUGCAAAGAAGCCAUUCUGCUCUCUCACAAUAACCCGAACCGCUCCCGUCAAGACUUCUUCACGCAAAUCAAGGGCGUCGUCUUCAUGGGCACACCCCACAAGGGCUCGUGGAUUGCGAAUUGGUCCAGAAUACCUGCCACGGCUCUUGGGCUGGUCAAGUAUACCAACAAAUCACUUCUCGAGGUGCUGGAAACCAACAGCCAAUAUCUAGAGUCAAUCCAUGGCAGAUUCAUAACCAUGAUGCGGGAGCAACGUGAGGCGGGAAGGCAACUCGAGGUCGCUUGCUUCUUCGAGGAGCUACCUCUGUCUACAGUUGGCAAAGUUGUGUCAAAGGAAUCAGCCACAUUCGAGGGCUACGAUCCAAUCACUAUCCAUGCAAAUCAUAGAGAUAUGGUUAAGUUUGGGUCUGUGGAAGAGAAUGGUUUCAAAAGAGUCGUCGGAGAACUCACAGCAUGGAAACCGGAAACCGGCAUUGAGCGUGGUGGCGGGGAGGAUCCAAAAGAAACAUUCCGGGAUUACCUAAGCUCAGAAGAGGCGGGAAAGUGGUUUCUUAUCAUCGACAAUGCCGACAACAUAGAGACUCUACAUGGGAAGGCUCAGGGGUCAGGAGGAAUCGUCGAGUUCGUUCCAGGUUGUGAGCACGGAUAUGUUUUAUUCACGACGCGAUCCCGUGAAGUCGCCGAUAGCGUUGCGCAGACGAAUGUCCUUCGGCUAUCUGGGAUGGACGAGCGGGAUGCUAGAGCCCUCCUUCGAAGUUCUUUAAUUGAGAAAGAUCAAAUGCAGAAUACCGUUCUGGUCGACAAGCUGCUGCGUACGCUCGCGUACCUACCGCUCGCAAUCACGCAAGCAUCGGCAUACAUGAGAAUCAACCAACUCGCAAUCGAGGAGUAUCUCCAGCUACUUCAAAACACAUCCCAGGAUAUGGCGGAAUUGCUAAGCGUUGGAUUCCGCGAUGGCACACACUACGGAAGCGCCCAAGGUGCAGUUGUGACAACCUGGAUUGUGUCCUUCAACCAAAUCCGCGCUCUACAUGGAGAGGCCGAGAAGCUGCUUUCAUUCUCAGCUUGUAUAGAGCCGAAAGCGAUACCUCAGACCUUACUGCCCCGUUUUGGCUCUGAACAAAGCAUGGCACGCGCUAUCGGCACACUGUGCGGGUAUAGCUUCUUGAGUAAACGAGGAGAUGGUGACACGUUCGAUAUGCAUAGUCUCGUACAUCUGGCAACGCAACUAUGGAACAAAGACGAGGGAUAUGAAGACGAAAUACGUCAAACCACAUUGGCACGUGUUGCUGAGGCAUUUCCAGACGAUGAUUGGGAAAAUCGUGAAGUGUGGAGGCAGUAUCUGCCGCAUGCGCUCAGGCUCCUUGACAAUGCGGAUUGUGUCGAGAGCGACGACGGAUGUAAGCUGGGAUACUGGGUUAGCAGAUGUUUACACGUAGAUGGCCGUGUAGGACAGGCAGUAGAGCUGCUAGAGCGUGUGGUUGCAGUUCAGGAGACGACACUGGCAGAGGAUCACCCAGAUCUACUGGCAUCACAGCACGAGCUCGCAAGAACAUAUCAAGUCAACGACCAGAUCAAAAAGGCAGUAGAACUUCUAGAGCAUGUGGUUGCAGUUCAGGAGACGUCAUUGGCAGAGGAUCACCCAGAUCGACUGACAUCACAGCACGAGCUCGCAAGAACAUAUAGAGCCAAUGGCCAGAUCAAAAAGGCAGUAGAGCUGCUAGAACAUGUGGUUGCAGUUUGGGAGACGUCAUUGACAGAGGAUCACCCAGAUCGACUGACAUCACAGCACGAGCUCGCAAGAACAUAUAGAGCCAAUGGCCAAAUCAAAAAAGCAGUAGAGCUGCUAGAGCAUGUGGUUGCAGUUAAAGAGACGACAUUGACAGAGGAUCACCCAUCACGACUAGCAUCACAGCACGAGCUCGCAAGAACAUAUCAAGCCAACGACCAGAUCAAAAAAGCAGUAGAACUUCUAGAGCAUGUGGUUGCAGUUCAGGAGACGACAUUGACAGAGGAUCACCCAUCACGACUAGCAUCACAGCACGUACUUGCAGGAGCAUAUCAAGCCAAUGGCCAGAUCAAAAAGGCAGUAGAACUUCUAGAGCAUGUGGUUGCAGUUCAGGAGACGUCAUUGACAGAGGAUCACCCAGAUCGACUGGCAUCACAGCACGAGCUCGCAACAACAUACAGAGCCAACGGCCAAAUCAAAAAAGCAGUAGAACUGCUAGAGCGUGUGGUUGCAGUUAAAGAGACGACAUUGACAGAGGAUCACCCAGAUCGACUGAAAUCACAGCACGAGCUCGCAAGAACAUAUAGAGCCAACGACCAGAUCAAAAAGGCAGUAGAACUUCUAGAGCAUGUGGUUGCAGUUAAAGAGACGACAUUGACAGAGGAUCACCCAUCACGACUAGCAUCACAGCACGAGCUCGCAAGGACAUACAGAGCCAAUGGCCAGAUCAAAAAGGCAGUAGGACUGCUAGAGCAUGUGGUUGCAGUUCAGGAGACGACAUUGACAGAGGAUCACCCAUCACGACUAGCAUCACAGCACGUACUUGCAGGAGCAUAUCAAGCCAAUGGCCAGAUCAAAAAGGCAGUAGAACUUCUAGAGCGUGUGGUUGCAAUUGAGGCAGAGAUAUUAGCCGAGGACAAUCAUAGUCGGCAGCUAUCGCAAGACCUGUUGCAGCACUGCUAUGGCAGGUUAGAGGGGGCGAGCUUAACAGUAAAGUCUGAGGAAUCCGUUCUUGAUGAGGAAAUGUAA